AUGACGUCGCUCAGUGCCCAGCAAAAAGUCUUCGGCGUCUACGAGCUCGCGGAGCACAUCAUCGCAUCUGCGGCUCCUCGCACAAUACUGAAUCUCCAGCGAGUCAACCGCUCAUUCCGAGAUAUUACAAAGAAGUCGAGAAAAGUCCAGCGCGCACUAUGGCUCCUCCCCGAUCCCCGCCUGCAGCUCAGUGAAGAAGGAAAGAUCAUGGUCAAUCCACUUCUGCUCGAGCACGUUGAGAAGUUCGACUGGCAGAAGAUGCGGUAUGCUCCUCGCGCGGACCACCCAUCUGAAUUCCUCGUGAGCUUGGUUCGGUUUCCCGACGCACCGCGUGACUACAGGGAUAAGAGGGCCAUGGUCAAGAUGCAUCCGACACCCGACUGGAGUAUUGACACGCCCGAUUCGAGGAUGUUCAAGCUCAAUGAGCGUCGACUACGACAACUGAGCCUUGUCAAAACCGUCUACCCAGCAGAACGCGUUCGACAACUGCCAUCCGAGAUUAAUGUCAACGACAUUGAGAUUGUCACGAACCGGGUUCGUUUUCUGAGAGACUUUCUGGAGGAUCCGGGUAGCUGGAAGGACAUGCUUCUGUUCCAGCCGAAUCMUUUCGUCGACAGAGAUGCGACUUUUGGGUACUGGGUGUAUCAGAAGGGAAAGGUGGAUGAGUUGAGAUGUAAUGGCGGCAAGUGGGCCGUGGAUCUGACUGUGGGAGAUGUCCUCAAGACGGUUCUGCGCCUCAAUCGCGAUUUGGAGACGAGUGAGGAGAGUUGGAUAUGUCGCCUGAGUGACUGCAUACAGAGAUGCGGGUCGUGCUAG